AUGAAGCUGGACGAGGAUGCAUAUCGCAAAUAUGCCAAUGGCAUACUACCGAAACAACCGCACGAGAUCGACUUCGAGACGACGGUCGCGAAUCUGGAAAAGCUUUUUGCGUCAAAGAAGACGCUGAUUCGACGACGGUACGAGAGUCUCAGGAUAAACUGCCCGCCUCUGACGGCCAGUUACGUACCAUUCCGUGACUACGCUAACGUGAUCAAGCGGAUGGACGAAGAUGCUCGACUGAAGGAGCUGGACUACACAGCACUGAAAACGCUACAGUUCGUAGCAAUACUUCAGGAUCCGUCGCUUCGAGAUGUUCGUCUCAGAAUGCUCCGUCGACUGGAUACGCACACAGAAGAUGCGCUGUUGACGAUAGAAGACCUCGUUGCUGAAUGUGAGGACUUCACCGCAUUGAAGAUGGACAACACAGGCACGGAAGGAAGUCAUGAUGUCCAUGUCGUGCAGAAAAAGAAUGUGAAGUGCUUCAAUUGUGGAGGACCGCACUACAGAAGCACAUGCCCGCUUCUCUCCUCCAACACUGGACAGAAACCAAGAAGACGAUCAAUUCGUCACAAGAAAAGCCAAUGCAAGAACGUUGUCACCUUCGCCGCUCGAACCUGCCCCGAUGUCAAUAUCAGGGGACGUUCUCUACGCUUCCAGCUCGACACAGGCGCACAUAUCACGUUGGUAUCACGUCGAACAUGA